AUGACCAGCGACAUGGAAGGACCUACGGGCUGGAAAUUGCGGCACAUUUUCCAUCGCAAAGUGAAACAGCAGGAGGAGAAUAUUUCAACCAAGCAAACAGAUGACACAGAGUUCGAUUUCAAUAUUGUAAGCAAUGAGAAGCCGACGGAUUAUGCGCAGCUUGAGACAUUUCAUAGGGCUGUAUAUCCUGUCAUGUUGCUGGCUCAGUGCUUUGCUAUAAUGCCUCUUUCCAAUAUUUGGCAGUUAAAUCCGCGUCGUAUUCGUUUUCGCUUCAAAUCUGUCCAGAUGAUUUUCACGCUGCUCUUCUUGGUUGGUAGCUCCACAAUAACCUUGGCAAUGUUAAAGCAUUUGCUAAGAAUAGGAGUUACAGCUAAGAAUUUUGUGGGUCUUGUGUUCUUUACCUUUGUGCAGUGUGCUUGCAUUUUGUUUAUUAAUCUGGCUCGACGUUGGCCGCCUUUAAUACGCUAUUGGACACGAAUGGAGCUGAUCUUUACUAAGCCACCCUAUAAGGUACUCCAAAGUAACUUGGCCAAGCGUGUGCGUCUGCCUGCGCUUAUCAUUGUAGCCUUAUCUAUAGUUGAGCAUGCAUUGUAUCAGAGCUCUGCUAUUGUUAGCUUUGAAAGACGAGUAAAAUAUUGCGCCAAGGCAAAUCAUACUAGUGCGGACACAUCCUUCGACAAUUAUAUACUGCUCAACUAUGAUUAUGUAUUCGAAGUAUUGCCUCAAAGUCGCAUUUUAGCUGUCUUUGUACUGUUGCUAAAUGGCACCUGUACUUUCAUAUGGAACUACAUGGAUCUAUUUAUAAUGAUAGUUAGCAAGGGUUUGGCAUAUCGCUUCGAACAGAUUUCCAUGCGAAUACGCAAGCUGGAACAUGAAGAAAAUGUUGCAGAAUCGGCAUUUAUCGAGAUCCGGGAGCAUUAUGUGCGCAUGUGUGAACUGCUGGAACGUGUGGACAAUGCAUUGUCCAGCAUCAUUUUAUUGUCCUGUGUGAAUAAUUUGUACUUUAUAUGCUGCCAGCUGCUCAACAUAUUCAAUAAACUGCGCUGGCCAAUUAGUUAUGUGUAUUUCUGGUAUUCCACAUUGUAUCUUGUGGGACGCACAGCUUGUGUUUUCCUCACGGCAGCAACGAUUAAUGAUGAAUCGAAAAGUGCGCUGGGCGUGCUACGUCGUGUGUCCAACAGGAAUUGGUGCGUCGAGGUGGAGCGUCUGAUAUUUCAAAUGUCCACACAAACCGUGGCCUUGUCCGGCAAGAAAUUCUACUUUCUCACCCGUCGUCUGCUGUUUGGUAUGGCCGGUACAAUAGUCACCUAUGAGCUGGUGUUACUGCAAUUCGAUGAACCUAAUAGACGCAAAGGACUGUUGCCCUUGUGUGCCUGA